UUGUUCCGACUGCGUAAGCUGUGUAUGUUCUGUGACGUCAAGCCCAGCGUUUGUAACUCCAGCGGGAUCUGUACGUCACGCUGCAACAUCACGUCCAUCUGCGCCGGAGACGACGAGAUCUGCGCCGCCGCCUGGCGCAGGGACGGAGAGAACGUGACGGUGGAGACGGUGUGUCACCCUCCGUCUGAACCGUUCCAUGGCGUGAUGCCGGACAACUACAACGCCACCGAGUGUGUGAUGAAACAGUACAGACACCUCGGCCCAGAUGUGUACAUCUGCUUUUGCAUCGAAGAUGAGUGCAACGACCAGCUCGUCUUCACACCACGAACUUCCAGCGAACCUCCUUCACCGCCGAUGGCUCUCCUGGUCCUGGUUCCUUUCGUGGUUCUGGCCCUCGUGCUCGUGUCCUUCAUGUACGUCUGUAAAGUUUACACACUCCGUCCUUCCAAACUAAAAUGCAACAGCGGUCAGGAGCGCUCCGUCCUCAUCGGCCAGCUCGGACGUUCUGACAGCAUCUCCAACCAUCUCAACCACAACACCGAGCUCCUGCCCAUCCAGCUAGAUGGAAUCGUGGGGAAAGGCCGGUUCUCCCAAGUGUUCCGUGCUCGGCUGGGCCAGAGGAUGGGCGAAAACGAGGCAUUCCAGAUGGUGGCGGUGAAAAUCUUCCACCUGGAGGAGUUCCUCUCGUGGAAGGGGGAGCGUGAGAUCUUCCUGGACGCUGAGCUACAUCACGAGAACGUCCUGCACUUCCUGACAGCGGAGGAGCGCCCGGCCGAGCGACAGUACUGGAUAAUCACAGCCUAUCACCAGCGAGGAAACCUGCGCGACUACCUGAGAGCGCACCGCGUAAACUGGGCGUCGCUCUGCAGGAUGGGCGGGGAUGUCGCCAGGGGUGUGGCUCACCUGCACGGGGACCGGACAGAGACGGGCGGAGUCAAAGCGGCGAUGGCCCACCGAGAUCUGAAGAGCGACAACGUGCUGGUGAAGGACGAUCUGAGCUGCUGCAUCUGCGACUUCGGACUCAGCGUUCGACUGGACAGCGACAUGAGCAAAGACGAACUGGCUAACCAAGGACAGGUUGGUACGGUGAGGUACAUGGCGCCAGAAGUGCUGGAGUCCAGACUCAACCUGGAGAACAUCGAGUCCUUCAAGCAGGCUGACGUUUACUCCAUGGCUCUGGUUCUGUGGGAGAUCACCUCCAGAUGCACCGCUGCUGGAGAUGUUUGGGAGUACGAGCCUCCGUUUGGAAAGCUUGACCAUCCGUGUAUCGAGAGCAUGAAGGACACAGUGAUCAGAGACAGAGAACGACCUGAAAUCCACAGCAGCUGGAGAACACACCCGGGCGUGGCAGCCGUGUGUGAGAUGAUGGUGGAAUGCUGGGAUCAGGAUCCUGAAGCUCGACUGACGGCUCACUGUGUAACUGAGAGGUUUGAUGAGCUGGUUCGUUCCUCCUUCAUCUGCGACUCUGAGAAAAAGCUCAACACGGACUGAGAGGAGGACGAGCGUGGCUCAGAAGAUCCCAUCAGGGGUUUAAAAGUUAUGUUCUGCUGGAGAUUUUCUGCACCAAGCAGUUUCGGACUGGCAACUUCCAUGGAUAACCAAAUCCACAGGAGAAACUCAGGAGAAAUUCACCUAACCAUCUGCUCUGUUGUGAUGGCCUUCAAAAGGUCUUCAUAAGGUCUUUACAAGGUCUUCAAAGGGUAUUAACAAGAUCUUCACAAGGUCUUCACAAGGUCUUUAAAAUGCUGAUACAAGAUCUUCACAAGGUCUUUACAAGGUCUUCAAAAGCUUUUCACAAGGUCUUCCAAGGUAUUCACAAGUUCUUCAAAAGGUCUUCACAAGAUCUUCACAUGGUCCUCACAAGGUCUUCACAGGGUCUUCAAAAUGUCUUUACAAGAUCCCCAAAAGGGCCUCAAAAGGUCUUUACAAUGUCUUCACAAAAUCUUACAAUAUCUUCAAAAGGUCUUAAAAGUGUCUUCAAAAGGUCUUUAAAAUGUCUUCACAAGGUCUUUAAAAGGUCUUCACAAGAUCUUCAAAAGGUCUUCAAAGUGUCUUCAAAAGGUCCUCAGUGUCUUCAAAAGGUCUUUAAAAUGUGUUCACAAGGUCUUCACAAGAUCUUUACAAGAUCUUCAAAAGGUCUUCACAAGGCCUUCACAUGGUCCUUAAAAGGUCUUCACAGUGUCUUCAAAAGGUCUUCACAAUGCCUUCAAAAGGUCUUCACAAGGUCCUUAAAAGGUCUUCAAAAGGUCUUCACAAACACUUCACAAAAUCUUCAAAAGGUCUUCACAAGAUCUUCAAAAAGUCUUCACAAGAUCUUCAAAAGGUCUUCACAAGAUCUUCAAAAGGUCUUCACAAGAUCUUCAAAAGGUCUUCACAAGAUCUUCAAAAGGUCUUCACAAGAUCUUCAAAAGGUCUUCACAAGAUCUUCAAAAAGUCUUCACAAGAUCUUCAAAAGGUCUUCACAAGAUCUUUAAAAGGUCUUCACAAGAUCUUCAAAAGGUCUUCACAAGAUCUUCAAAAGGUCUUCACAAGAUCUUCAAAAGGUCUUCACAAGAUCUUCAAAAAGUCUUCACAAGAUCUUCAAAAGGUCUUCACAAGAUCUUCAAAAGGUCUUCACAAGAUCUUCAAAAGGUCUUCACAAGAUCUUCAAAAGGUCUUCACAAGAUUUUCACAGUAUCCUCAAAAGUUCUUCACAAGUUCUUCACAAGAGCCUCACAAGGCCUUUACAGGGUCCAUAAAUGGUUUUCAAAAUGUCUUCAAAAGGUCUUCACCAGGUCUUUACAGGGUCCUUAAAAAGUCUUCACAAUGUCUUUUCAAGAUCUUCACAUGGUUUUCACAUGCUUACUACAGCAGUGUACCAUCUGAGACUUCAUACAAUAUUACCCAACAUGACUGCAGCUUAUUCACUAGAAACAGGGUUCACUAUCACUCAGGUGGUCAGAGCCAUAAGGAACAGUGUAUCAUUUCAUCUCAGCCUGACCGCGCCCUCUUCACAGAGCAACAUUAACAGCAACGUUCCAGUGUGAGCGUUACUUAAGAGAGAGAUCAUGAAUGAAAUGUUGAAGAAAUGUUGUCUGCUUAAAAAUAAAAACAAAUUCAUUGA